AGCUCCCAGCAGCUCCCGCUCCGCGCCGUGACUCGGCUGAGGCGACGGCGGCGCUGGGCGGGAUGGAGUGAGGGGGCGAGCGGCGGAGAGAGCGCAGCCCACCGAGCCCCGACCCCCUCCCCCUUGCCUCUCUCUGGUCCGGGUCUAUGCGGCCCCCCAGAGACCAUGGGAUCCAGGAUCAAGCAAAAUCCGGACACUACCUUUGAAGUGUACGCAGAAGUCACCUACUCGGGAAUCAGUUGCGUUGGGAAAGAUCCUGAGGUGCGGAGGCAAUUCCCAGAGGGCUACAGUGACCAGGAAGUUCUACAGACUUUGACCAAGUUUUGUUUCCCCUUCUAUGUGGACAGCCAUGCAGUUAACCAAGUUGGGCAGAACUUUACAUUUGUGCUUACAGACAUUGACAGCAAACAGAGGUUUGGAUUCUGUCGCUUAUCUUCUGGGGCCAAGAGCUGCUUCUGUAUCUUAAGUUACCUCCCAUGGUUUGAAGUCUUCUAUAAGCUGCUCAAUGUCUUGGCAGAUUAUUCAGCAAAAGGACAGGAUAGUCAAAGGAGUGAACUCCUAGAAACGUUUCAUAAACUUGCCAUCCCUGAGCCAGGAACCUCUGUUCAUCUUGGAGUGCACUCUUACUUUACUGUGCCUGACACCAGAGAGCUUCCCAGUAUACCUGAAAAUAGAAAUCUGACAGAGUAUUUUGUAGCAGUUGAUGUCAACAACAUGCUGCACCUCUAUGCCAGUAUGCUGUAUGAACGCCGCAUCCUCAUUUGUUGUAGUAAGCUGAGCACUUUAACUGCCUGCAUUCAUGGGUCUGCAGCUAUGCUCUACCCGAUGUUCUGGCAGCAUGUUUACAUUCCUGUUCUGCCCCCACAUCUAUUGGACUACUGUUGUGCCCCAAUGCCCUACCUCAUUGGAAUACAUCUAAGUUUGAUGGAGAAAGUAAGAAACAUGGCCCUGGAAGAUGUAGUGAUUCUUAAUGUAGACACCAACACACUGGAAACCCCUUUUGAUGACCUUCAGAGUCUUCCUAAUGAUGUGGUUUCUGCACUGAAGAGCAGAUUGAAGAAAGUCUCUACAACCACUGGAGAUGGUGUUGCAAGAGCAUUUCUCAAAGCACAAGCAUCUUUCUUUGGGAGCUACAGAAAUGCCCUGAAAAUUGAACCUGGUGAACCCAUCACUUUUUGUGAAGAAACGUUUGUGUCCCAUCGUUCUGCUGUCAUGAGGCAGUUCCUUCAGAAUGCCAUUCAGCUCCAGCUCUUUAAGCAGUUCAUUGAUGGCCGUCUGGAUCUUCUUAACUCUGGUGAGGGCUUCAGUGAUGUUUUUGAAGAAGAGAUAAAUAUGGGGGAAUAUGCAGGUAGUGACAAAUUGUAUCACCAGUGGCUCUCUACAGUAAGGAAAGGAAGUGGAGCCAUUUUAAAUACAGUGAAGACCAAAGCCAACCCUGCCAUGAAGACUGUCUAUAAGUUUGCAAAAGAUCAUGCAAAAAUGGGAAUAAAAGAAGUGAAAAACCGCUUGAAGCAAAAGGACAUUGCUGAGAAUGGGUGUUCUGUGACACCAGACGAAUCCCUACCAAGAACAGCACCUUCACCACUGGUUGAGAAGAAGGACCCUAAAUUAAGAGAAGACCGAAGGCCAAUCACAGUACAUUUUGGUCAGCAGCAAAGACUCCGUCCGCCUCGGCCACCGCCUCCAAAGAUACAGCGUUCGUCUAGGCCCCCCUGGGACCUGCGUUUGUUCUGCUUUUCUUUGACGAGUUCUGCAGCUUUCAGUCAGUUCUGCAGGUAACUGAUGCUGCUCUUGCAACAUUUGGUUUUACUUUUGCGGUGAUUUCUUAGAGUCUUGCUAGGCCAGCAUAAGUUUUUAGCCAGUGAACUUUUGAAGACUUGCACUAACCUCAAAUAUGAAAGGAAGCAGAAGUCUGAAGAGACUUAAAAUUAAUUUGGGACACUCAAUUUUUCUCCAUAAAAUAGAGGUGUGAAUACACAUGAAGAAAGCAAAAUCCGUAUUAGGGUGGUAGAACAUUAGUAUCACAUUAUGGAUGAUAUAUGUAGACUCUGUGUAAUGUAGUGUAAAAAAUGUAGGCACAGCACAUUGGCGAGAGGAAGUGACUCUGGAAGAGAAGAACUACGCAGACAUUCUCAGCGCAAUACCUGCGCUGUGUUAGGCAGGGAUACCUUAUCUCAGCAGGUUUUCAUUCAAAACUAACUGUAGGACAGUUGUCACAUACUAAGUACACCAGAUAGCUUUAAAGCUGGACACUCUGCUGCAUCAGUGUUUCUUUAUUUUAUUUUUUUGGUAGUACAGGCAAGCAGUAUCAGCUUAGAAGGGGUGUUGGGUUUUGCAGCAGCCUUGGAAGAUACUUAUUUCUGUUUCGGACUGUUGCUUUAUGAAUACAGUUUCCCCAAAGUCAAAUACAUCUUACUCCUUGCUUCCAUAUUACAUACAUGUAUGUGCAUAAGAAAUAAAUGCAAGUUUUCAAAUCUAAUCUCGCUAAAACUUGUUAAAGAUAUGUUUUGGAUGAGCAGGCAACCAGUUAACAAGUGCACUCGGGUGUGUGUUAACUUUUGAUCUUUGGUGCAUGUUUCUUAUGUUACAUUUCAAUAGCAUGUGUUUCUUUCCCUCCCUCUUUUUAACUCUGGGUGUUUAGCCUAACAGAGUCACUUGUAUGGAUUCCUGCUCUGAAGAUUUCUGUUUUCUGUGUUUAAAAGGUAGCAUUGACUAUGCUUGUAUGUGUUCUCUUAAAUGUAAUUAAUGUGGGAGACACUAGGAAUGAACUUUCCAUGGUACUAUGGGGUUCCCAUAGCCCUCUUGUUUUGUGUUUGGCAGGUGUAUGAGGGCACACUGUGACUCUUCUGUACAAAAGUUGCUGAACAGUAUUGUUCAGAUUGAGUAAUUUAUUUUGCAUCAAGUCCUGCUAAGAGUGUUUAAUCUCCCAGCUGUAGUGCAUUAAUAGUCCUCACUAUAAUGUGUUUGUGUCAACUGUCUUUGCUCCCAAUGUGAUUGAUAAAAGGCUGGAAAUGUAAUAAUAAAAGCUCCUGUUGCAUUCAUCUAGCUGUGUCAAUAAGUGGAACAGAAAUGCCUCAUUCAUCAAGAGGAAAUUCAAGAUAAAUGCAAAUGAUUAUAAUCACUCCCAAAAAUAUGCUUGUACCAAAUAUACAUAAAUUUGUUGUUGUUCAGAACUGUUAUUUGGCUUUUAAUAGUUGAAACACAUUUUUUGUGUGUGUAAAUAAUACUUUAUGCGGCUGCUUUUUCCCUCCCUUAGUCUUGGCAUGUAUUACAGAGGUGGGUAUCAGCAAGUAAUUUACCCCAGGCUUUUACAGCAAGCACUGAAAGAGGAGACCAGGUCCUGCUCUUCCAACCAAGUCCAUGUAAUACCAGAAUUCCUGAGAAAUCCUUACUGGUUUCAGGAUAUAUCUGUUAAGAGGAGGAAUCCACGGGCACUAGUCCUUGCAAUAUGAGUCAUUGCUAAUGCUAAAAACAAAAACACAGACCAAAGAAAGGUUAAGGAAGCAGAACAGAUAUGUUCUUUGCAUUCUGCUGUUUUGGAAAUGUGUUGUAGUGGUAUUAUGAGAGAGAGAGAGGGUUGUUGCUUAUAAUUAAUAGAGAUCUGUUUGGAUUAAUAGUGGCUGUUUGGAAACUUCAUUCAAUUAGAAAAAAGUUAAAAUAUAAUAAUUAUGCAUAAAGUUGAUGGAGACAGUAAUAAGCACAUUUAACCCUUCUCUACUGGAUGUUUACCUUUAUUCUUUUAGCUGUGGGCUCACAUAAUUGGAUUUCCUUCAUACUUUUGCAUUUGAUAAGCAUUUAACCCUGCCUAUUUGGCUACAUAAGGCUCCAGAUCCAGCAAGGAAUUGGCUUGAUUCCUGGCUUUCCCUGUAGUCCCCCAUGAACAAUGCUCUAAAUCCUGCUUAGCAUGUCACCCUGCACUUCACUGGUCUGGUGGCCCCUGGAGCCAUCCCAAACUCUCAUCUCUCUCCCCCUUCACCCUCACUCCCCCGAGGAACCACCCAAAAGGUGAAAGUGUUCACAGCAUGAUGACAAGUCCGCUUUACACAUCAUCUUCCAGCUCAGAUUUAAUUAAACAGGUUUCUUUCUUCCUCUCUUUUUCUCUUUCCCCUUCUCGCUCCCUUCUCCCCCCAGUCCCUCUCGCUCCUCUCCCCCCUCUCCUGCACGCACUGGCUCUCUCUCGGUCUCUCUCUCUGUUUUAUCAACCCUAAUGAAGCAGUAUUCUUCAUCGAUCCUGCUGAUUGCCAGCCCAUUCCUUUUGUUUGUUGGCACCGAGCCAUUCUGCCGCACUCUGACAGCUCAGCUCGUCUAAUUAGCUCUGUUGUUCUUUUCCCCAUGUUUCACCACGUUGCAAGUUCAGUUGAAGUUGCCACAAACUUAAUCCUUCCAUUCCUGCCAUAAAUUCACAUUCUUAAGCCGUCUUUAUUGUAGAGAGGAGCAGCCUCGUGUGGGGACUGAUCUUCAAGACCUUAACAUCUGACCUUUUCAUAAGCCCUUUUUCCUAAGAAAUAGUGGCAAUACAUCUCUGGAUUUCUUCAUCAUAUCUGCUGUACACCAUUUCCUUUGAAAUGAAAAUUCAGUACAAUAAUCCUGCUGCUGUCUUCUGCAUACUGUUGUGUAGUGCAGAAACAUGACACACAUUUUGGUGGCUUUUUCCUGGCAAGAAAAUUUGAGGUUUAUGUGCCUGGGAAAAGGAAAGAAAACCUAAAAGCCCAGAAGCUCCCUAUCCCAAAUAAUAAAAACGCAAAACCAGAAAAAAAAAACAACAAAAAACCCAACAAAAACUUGCUGAGGUGGGAGGAAAUCUUCAUCUAUUCUAUCAUUGCACACAAAUUCAUUAGUCAUCCUAAGAGUGCUUAUGCUGUCGGCCUAAACAGCUUCCUUUAUAUUGUGGCUAUUAAGGGAGCACAAGCACAGGGAGGUCAGGAGUUGUAUUCCUAACUUUACUUGAGGGAUUUGGGGAUUUCUUUUGAAACUAGCGUUUAGCGAAGCCAACAAAUCGGACUCCUUUUCAGGUAAGGUAGUACUUGUUUAACAAAAAAUGGAAAGCUGCUUUGUACAGCCUGACCCUGAUGCUGCAAAUGUUCAUUCCCACAGUUGGUUCAUAGGGGUAGGUUCAUCAACAGGAUUACUCACUAGCAUGGGUAGGCACAUCCAUAAACUUUGCCUAUAUAGUAAUCAUAAGCAUUUGUACCUUUUCUUGAAGUAGAACUUGUUUGCUUGUGGAGUUAAUGUAAGUAAAUUAAGUUUGAUUUCUGACCAUUAGAAGGUGAUGGAUAUGUUAUUUGAGAUUGUGUUGGCAGCAACAUCAUCUUCCACAGAACAGCUCUAGAUUUUAUUACACAUGACAAAAGAUAAACUAAUGUAACAUUAGGGGUGACAAUGAUAAUACAUCCGGCAACGGUUUCUGUUCAGCUACUGAAAGGAAGCAGAUUUUUAAUGAAGAAUGAGCUGUGUUUUCCUGUUACGACAUUUAUUCUAACUACAGAUUCUUUCAGUGCUGCCUUACACAGAAGUCUUGACUUGAGAAGUUGGGUUUUAUCCUCUUUGAACAAGAGGACAAAAGGAUCAUGAUGUCCAAGCUGAGCUCCAGUUUCCAAUGUAAUGUACAGCAACACACAGGAGUUUCCAGUUUUACUCUGUCAACAAACUGUAUAACAGGAAGCUCACAUUUAGGGUAUUUUUCAUCAGAAAUUUUAGCCCACACCAAACAGGACACUGGAACAAAUUUGUGUUGCUUUGCUAAUAGCUAAUGGGCAGUGACAAGCAUAUAUAUUUCAUUUGCUAGGCAAAAACGUGGGGAUUUUUUCUCCUUACACAAGUUGAGUCCCUGUGGUUUAUAUUCAUGCUUUCUAUUCAUUUGUAUAUCUACAUUAAUUUGUAACAUUGUCGUGGCACAAAAAAAGACACACUGAUUGGAGGAUACCUGUAAGAUAACAGUGGUUACACGUUUUGUUAUUUAUGUCUGUUGUUUGAUCUGUUUGAUGAAAUGUCUUCUCUAUGUGUGUG